UUUUUACAGUGCAGGCUCAUACAAGACGCCAUUUUGUUGGAACACAUGUCUMUUUUGGAGCUGGAAAUUUUGACCUUGUUUUUAAAUAAGAAAAACUUAUAUUGACAAUGAGUAGAAAGCAAACCCCUAGUGACUUCUUAAAGCUGAUAAUUGGGCGUCCUGUUGUGGUGAAACUUAAUAAUGGAGUGGAUUAUAGAGGAGUUUUGGCAUGUCUUGAUGGGUACAUGAACAUUGCUAUGGAACAGACAGAAGAAUAUGUUAAUGGUCAACUUAARAACAAAUACGGCGAUGCAUUUAUCAGAGGAAAUAAUGUUUUGUAUAUCAGUACACAGAGAACAACAAGAAGAUGAAGAAGUAGUAAGAAUGACUGUUUAGUUAUUUUGUAAAAAGUAUUGUGUAAAAUAGCAUAUCUAACUUGCAUCCAAAAGAAGAAAGAUCUCUGGAUCUUUAUUUUGAUAGAGUAAUAAUCCUUUCCUUUGAUUUGUACAGAGCAGAACAGUAGUCUCAUGUCAAAUGACUUGUCYUGUAAUCAACUGUGGAACUAAAUCUUUAAUAAACCUUCUAUCUACAGUUUA